UAGAGCGCGCUAUCGCACUGGUGAGAAGUGAGAAAUAGAGAGGGCUCGAGACAGAGAGAGAGAUAGAGAAAGAACGGAGAGUGAAGGGGAUCAGACGCUAUGCAGCCAAAUAGAAGUAGAAGCAGAAAUAGGAAUCAGAUCAGCCUUGUUGGAUUUGAUAUCCUCACCGUAAAUGACGUAUUCAACAGGAAGAAACCCUAAACCAUUCAAGAGGUCUUCGAACUGGACUGACCUCUGGUUCAAGUACAAAACUCUCAAGCAUAAGCAUGUUGUUUUCAAGAUGCAGCUCCCAUCUCUCAACGCAGCGGCAGCAGCAAAAAAUGAGAAACAUCCAGCGAAAAACCGAAGCUUAGGCUCUUCCAAGGAUCUAACCUCUCUCUUAUCCGACGAGCUUCUCCUUCGAAUCUUCUCCAAGCUUCCUGACUCACAAAGAAACCCUAAUUCGCUUGUAUGCAAGCGAUGGCUAGCUCUCCAGGGACGUCUUGUUCGCUCCGUUAAGCUCCUCGAUUGGAGUUUCCUUGAAUCUGGUCGCCUUGUUUCUCGUUUCCCUAAUCUUACUGAUAUUGAUCUUGUCACAGCUUGCAUUUGUAGGCCCAGGAAUUCUGGAAUAUUUCUAUCCCACAAAUUCAUAUCCUUUCAUCUUGACUCUGGUUUCUCUCCCGGUGGGUUUAUCCACGGGGAGAAUUUACUGUCGCCAGAGUCAAUUGAUCGAGGGCUACGAGUUAUUUCCCGCGGAUGCCCUAAUCUUCGGAAGCUUGCAUUAAUCAGUGCCACUGAAACGGGGUUGGAAAGCGUCGCUGAGGAGUGCCCGACUUUGCAAGAACUAGAGCUGCACCGGUGCACUGAUCUCACGCUGCGUGGGAUUGCCGCCUGCCAGAACCUUCAGAUCUUGAAUUUGAUUGGAAGUGUCGAUGGUUUUUACAAUUCUGUGGUUUCGGAUAUUGGCCUUACUAUCUUGGCACACGGGUGCAAGCGGCUUGUGAAACUUGAGCUGAGUGGGUGUGAAGGGAGCUACGACGGGAUCAAAGCUAUUGGGCAAUGCUGCCACAUGCUGGAGGAACUCACGCUGUGCGACCACAGGAUGGAUGCAGGGUGGAUGGCUGCAUUAUCAUUCUGUGGGAAUCUGAAGACAUUGAGGCUUAAGUCGUGCAAAAAGAUUGAUCCGAACCCCGGACCAGUUGAACAUUUGGGGUCUUGCCCUACCCUUGAACGGUUGCAUCUGCAGAAUUGCCAAGUCCGGGAUCAGCAGAGCAUGAAAUCAUUGUUUAUCGUAUGCGAGGCUGUUAGAGAGAUCAUGUUUCAGAAUUGUUGGGGCUUGGACAAUGACAUGUUCUCCUUUGCCAGCACUUGCAGGAGGGUAAAGUAUCUAUCUUUGGAAAGAUGCUCGUUGCUGACAACAGAUGGUCUGGAAUCAGUGGUUCUUUCUUGGAAGGAGCUUCAAAGGCUUAGAGUGGUCUCAUGUAACAAUAUAAAGGACAAUGAAGUCACUCCUGCACUGUCAAGCUUGUUUUCUGUGCUCAAGGAGUUAAAAUGGCGACCAGAUUCCCGAUCUCUUUUUUCAACCCUUUCAGCAACAGGAGUGGGAAAGAAAGGUGGUAAAUUUUUCAAGAGGGUAUGAGGCCUGAACUUGCUACAAGAUGGUGAGAAUCUGAGCUUACUCUCAUGCUUCAGGAGGCUAUCACAAAAGGUCUUGUGGCAAUUCUAAUCAUACUACCAUUCUGAUGUAGUCAUUCUCUUACCCAUUUAGAUGGUUAACAUGGUCAUUAAUGGAGGAUGAUUUACAUUUUUCUUUUGCUUACAGUGAACCGGCCAAUGGAAACUAAUCAUUUUAAACGUGUCAAACCCUCUUCACCUGUUAUUUAUGCAUGUGGAGUAACUUGUUCACCUGAGUUUCAAAAUUUCCCAGCUCAAAUUACUCCAUGAUGUAUUUACCCUAACCCUGCAUCUGUUAUACAGUUGUACUGUUUACAAGGUUAGAUAUGCUAAUCCCCUUUCUGUUAAGUAGUUAAAGGAAGAUACUGGAAGGGGUUGUUGUAAUUGGAUAUCUCAAUGUCACAUCUUUGUUGUUCAUUUUAUAUACUUGGGUUUUUGAACAUCUUGGAUAUGUAGCAUGAAAAAUGUCUACAGAACAUUAUUGUUGUCAAAUCAUCACAGGAAUCGGCCCCCUUUCUGCAGCACAUUCCUG